AUGGCCGGAAGCGGUUCCCCUUCCCGAUGCGACUGCAGAUACCGUGGCGCACGCCCUCCUCCCGCCUGGAUCGCACGGUACGGCUGCCCCGCCCGCAUUACCACCGACCAAGGACGGCAGUUCCAGAGUGCCCUCUUCAGGCGACUCAUGGCGCUCCUCGGCAUUCACCAUCUGCGGACCACAGCCUACCACCCCGCUGCAAACGGUCUGGUGGAGCGUUUUCACCGCCAGCUGAAGACCGCUUUCAUCGCUCACCAGGCCGGGACUCAUUGGGUCGACCAUCUGCCCCUAGUCUUGCUGGGUAUUCGCUCCGCCCUGAAGCACGACCUUGCGUGCUCUGCCGCAGAGUUGGUUUUCGGCACGACCCUGCGUUUGCCCGCUGACUUCUGGCGCCCCGGUCAAACUGAGCAGCCUGUUCCCCCGGCCGACUAUGUCCACGGCCUCCGACGCUUCUUCCGUCAGCUUGCUCCGACCCCUCCGCGCCAGCCCACCACUGUCCCGGAUUUUGUUCCCCAAGAUCUAAAGUCCUGCACACAUGCCUUCCUGCGUCGUGACGCCGUUCGCCGUCCCCUGGCCCCUCACUACGACGGCCCCUUCCGUGUGCUGUGCCGGUCUGACAAGACGUUUACCCUCGACAUGGCCGGACACAAACAGGUGGUGUCGUUAGACCGUGUGAAGCCUGCUUACAUGGAGUCCGACUCUCCUGCACCACUUCCUUGCUCCACUGUACGACAUCCGCACCCGGUCCCCAGGCUCCGCCGUACAGUCUCUUGGGCCAGCACCCUCAGCUAG